AUGCUGUGCCUGCUGUGCAAAAAAGCAUUUAAAGAGGCUGUCGUUGCUUGGCACGGCAGAGAGAGGGGUCGAGACAUCUUGACGGACGCAAAACCAAAUGUGAAGCCACUCACUGCUCCCGUCGAACGCAUCGCUUUGCUGGACGACAGCAGAGAACGCAGAUCGGUCAUAGCUCUCAAUCAACGAUUCACUGAACCGUUCUGCGAUGAGCUGAUCAGCGACGGUGAGCCUGAAUUGUUCGACUGA